CGGCGACGGCGGCAAAGAGCGCCCGGCAGCCCUUCGUCCCGCUCGUCUGCGUCGUCGACUUCCACCAUGCGCGCGGCCCGGAGGUGGAAACAUGGUUCGGCGUCGACGAGGGCCGUGAUCCGGCCGCCGAGUACGACUGGACCCUGCUGCCCUUCAUGGCAUUGAGCGACGGCGCCCAUGCGUACGUUCUCGUCCCUUCCCAGUCUGGAUAGCCUAGAUGCCGCUGCACUCAGUCGAUGGGCUCCCAAACCGGCUAAUGGCACAGCUUGCCUGCAGCUUGACCGAGGACUUCUCCUACUUCACUCUCCUGCGCCCCGCCACCGACUCGGCCCCCGCGACCUCCCUCUUCGGCAUCUCCUGCACCCGGCAGAUCGACGCCGCCCAAUUGCUCGUCCGCCCCGCCGACGUGACCCGCUCGACCGUGCAGAAGGCCGUCGUCGUCAUCGCCGACAGCCCCCAGUACUUCGGCAUGCUGCGCGAGCGCCUGAGCGUCGUGACCAAGGCCUGGUUCGCCCAGCGCGAGUUCACCGACGUCGAGAUCCUGCGCCGCUUCCAGGAGAGCCUGGCCGACGAGCAGGAGCGCGGCCUGAUGCACGAGGACCAGGACCGCGACCAGUAUCUGGGCUUGAGCCUGAGGGAGCUGGUGCGCCAGUUUAGGUGGCAAACCCUGGUGUUGCUGAAAUGCUGUCUGCUACAGCCCAAGAUGCUCUUCUUCGGCACCCGGUGCGAGCGCCUCUGUCUGACCCAAUUCUCCCUAAUCUCUUUAAUACCCGGGCUCCUGCGCAACCUCCAGGACUCUGCCGGCCCCGACCUGGACAGCUACGAGAAGAGCCUGUCGACGCCAACAAGCUUGAAGACCAGUGACAGGAAUUCCCUGCUGGCGUACAUGGGUUUACCGUUGCAAAUAUUCGGAAAGGGAAGCUUGUUUGGACCGUACACGCCAUUGCAACAACUCGACAUCCUUGCUGACUUCGGCACCAAAUCGUACAUCGUCGGCAGCACAAACUCGCUGCUCCUGCAGCAGAAAGACCGGUACAGCGACAUCCUGAUCAACCUCGACGAGGGCACCAUCAACAUCACCUCGCCGUCUCUGAGAGCCGCGCUGCAGCUUUCGACCCCCGACCGCCGCUGGAUCGACUUCAUCACACAAAACGUCAACGACACGUGGGACGACGCGAACCCCAGUCGGCCCAAGACCAUGGGCUACGUGGGCAGCGAGGAGUUCAUCCGCUUGCAGUUCGAGGAGUACCUGCUCUCGCUCAUCUCGGCCGCCAAGUACCACACCCACCUCGCCAAGCACGCGCACAACCCGCGCCUGCUGCUGCCCGAGAUCGACGGCGACCCGUCGCACGACUUUGGACAGGACUUCAUCGAGGCGUGGUCGCGCACCGAGAACUACCGCAUCUGGAACAGCCACACGGACUCGGACCUGUUCAACAUCGUCGAGCCGAAGCACCCCUGCGCCGGCGGCCUCACCAUCGACGACAUCCAGCGCCGCAUCACGCAACAGGUGCAGGACCUGCACCUGGACGAGCGCUUCGCCCAGGGCCGCGAGGCGCUCGGCCGCAACCUCGCCGCCGGCCGCGAGAAGGCCAGCACGCUGCUCAACAAGCUGUACGCCGAUGUCGAGGCGGUGAGGGAGGCGCAGAGGAAGCGGGCCGAGGAGGCUAGGGCGGCGGCCGCCGCCGCGGGCGGGCAUCAUCACCACGAGAGAAACGGAGGCGGCGCCGGCGUGGAUCUCGCCAAGGCGCACCAGACGAUGCAGGCCGUCGGGAGCAAAGCCGGCGCGUUCGUCAACAGCUGGGCAGCCUGGGCAGGAGAGAAGCGGAAGGGCUGGGGCCGGUCCACGGCCGCUUCCAGUAGUAGUAGUAGUAAUAGCAGUGGUGAUAACAGCAGCACGACAACAACGACGACGACAACAACAGCAGGUAACGGCGGGAUUGGUGGUUGGGCGUCGGGCUGGGUCAAGUCCAGCAAGAACCGCGCGUCGCAAUCGCAGGCCAGCGCGUGGUCGUCGGACGCGGUCUCGGAGAAGGAGCCCCGCAUCUCGACCUCGUCGGGCGCAGACCGGAGGACGAACGGAUCUUCCGACCGGGUGGCGCCUGAGCAGCGACCUCUGAACCGGGGCUCUGUCAGCGGCGAGUCGAUGCUGGACGGCGCCGGCUCGGAAAGCGCGCUCUCGUCGCCGGUGGCCUCGCCGACGAAGAAGCCGCCGCCGUUGGUGUCGCCGCCGUUGGUGUCGACUGCCGACGGCCACGCUGCUGAGACGCCCGUCGUGGAUGGUGUGCUGUCGGCGGCCGUGGCUGGCAGCGAUGAGGGUCAGGGCGAGGGCCUAUCGGGGCCAAAGAUCAAUGGGCAUCGCCUAGGGGAUGCCGCCGGCGCCGCGUCGAAGGGGCCGCCCAAGGACGAGGAUCUUGAGCUUCCGGCAAGGGGGAGGACGGAGGAGACUGGGGAGGGCAGCACAGACCAUGAGCCGUCGCCUCGGUUACCGGAUGCUGUGACGACGGAGGCGGCUGAGGCACAGCAGGCGUGGGAGAGCAGGUGAGAGAGCGUUGUCCGUGUCCGAUUGAGACAGGACCGUGGCCUGAGAAUUGGCACAACCGGGACGGUGCUUGCUGCUGUGGCUGUGAUUGUGAUGUGAUGAUGCCGAGAUGAAGCGGGGUCGCAAACUGUCUUGUUUAAUUACACAGGCUUUCGUUG